AUGGAUUUAAGAAAACCAACAGUCCUUGGUGAUGUUAUUCUAGAUGUUCCAGGAGGUGGCUAUGAUAAUAAUUUUUGUAUAACUGAUUAUAUUGAUACAACUUCAGAAAAAUUUGUUGCAAAAGUUGUUCAUCCACAAACUGGAAGAAUUUUAGAGAUAUUUACAAAUCAGCCAGGAGUUCAAUUUUAUACCGCAAAUAACUUAUCGGGAACAGAUAAUAGAGGUAUUAUAGGAAAACAUGGAAUAACAUACUUUAAACAUGGAGCAUUUUGUUUGGAAACACAAAAUUUCCCAGAUGCCAUAAAUCAUAAACAUUUUCCAGAUAGCAUUUUACGACCUCACCAUUUGUAUUACCAUAUUGUAACUUAUAAAUUUGGAGUACAAGCUUAA